AUGAACCCGCAGAAACUGUAUGCUCUACUGAAACAGUACAGCCGAAGGAUGGAAAGAUGCUUGCCUGUCCUUAACACUGCUAACGGAGUACCUGUCGGUGGGGCAACCCUACUCAUCUGGAGGGAACAUUUCAACAGCUUGUGGAAAGACAAGAGACAUCGGUACCUGAGCUCGAGCAUGUCCAACGACCAACAGCAUGUCGAGCAUGUCCAAGAGGCUCAAGUAUGUUCACAGACGACUCAUCUUGGCAAAGACAUCCGAACGCCGACAAACGAUCAUUAA